AUGUCGGAAGCUCAGUCAGCCGUACCUACUAACAAGUCCGCCAACUGCGAGAUUCCGUCUUCCCUUUCAACGGGCCAGAGUACGUCGGAAAGGGGGCAAUGGCUGCUCCGCAAGUCCACGGGCGCUGAGCUCACCCUUAUUGGCCGCCACAUCGCCAAACUCCGCCAAACUCCGCCAAACUCCGCCGAAUUCCGCCGAAUUCCGCUGAACUCCGCCAACCCCCCGAGAGUCGAGUGGCUCAUCGUCGCGACACCAAAGAUGUAA